CAAGCACUUCCCUAAAAAGAAAAAAAAAAAGUUCACACUCAUACACAGAUGCCACCACAAGUAGCGACUCACAUCGUCUUAGACAUGGACGAAGGAACUCAGUGGGAAUAACGUGACACGAGGGGAAAGUGGAGCAAAACAUGGAUAUUUAAUGAUUCUUCUUUUUUUAUGUGUUUUGUUUUUAUUCUAUCGAUUUCUUAACCCCUGAUCCGAUUAAACCUUUUAAUUGUAUAGUAAAAAAAAAAGAGUCUUAAAAGGACUUGCUCGUGUUUGCGUUUUACGCACAGGUGCGCGCCGUAAAACAGACUUGGACCUUGUUUUCAGUACAGCAGAUUUACAAGAACCUUUCAAAAGUCACCCGGUAAGAGGACUACAAUGUCUGGAUGGAGUAUGGACUGACUUUUAGCGCAUGAAACGCGCGCGUGGCUCAGGUGCGCCACCUCAAACACAGAGAGGCGUCACCACAAAGUGAGGAACAGAGACAUAAUAUACCAACUUCUUUUUUGCACUUGCUGCUGCUGCUGCUGCGGGGGAGUGUGGACUUGGUGCGGGGACUGCUGCGGUCACAGCAGCUGUCAGACCCAUGUGAUUCUCCUGCCCCUCGGGCCACUGGCAGCUCCGCUCAGGUCUCCACUGCGCAUGUCAGAGCGCUGGACAGCUCCAGAGAGGGAAAUUUAAAAACGGUUUUGGGAGAAUCAAGUGCAACACAGAGAAAUACAGUUACAGGGGCUCACGACCGGCUCACACUAUCUUCACCCUCAUCCAAAAAAAACAGGCACCACAUAUCCCAGGAAAUGAUAGAAGGUGGAAUAACAUCCAUGAUGUCGGGUAUAAUUGAGAAUGCUGGGCAUCAUCCGUCUCCUCAGGACUACAGGCUUCUGACCACGGACCCCUCCCAGCUGAGGGAGGAGGACCUCCCUGGGGACCUGCAGUCUCUGUCAUGGCUCACCUCUGUAGAUGUGCCCCGAAUACAGCAGAUGGCUGAUAGUCGAGGCCACAGCAACGGGCCCUCCCAGGGCAGCUUGUUGGAGCAACAGACAGCUCAGCUGAGCAGCUUGACCAUGACAGUAGGACAGGGCUCGAUGCUCCAGCUCCAGAGCAACAUGCAGCACAGCCCGAUAGGAAUCAGCAUCAUCAACACCCACAGUGGAAGUAUGUCUCCGUUCUCCAUGAACGGGAUGCCUUCUCCAGGAUACCAAUGUCCUACCUCAGUGUACCAGCCUACACCACAGCAGGUGUACUCUCUAACCCAAACUGGACAACAGUGUUCAACAACUGGGCUUUAUAGCAAUGUCUCUUUCAGCGACCAAAGUCUUUUCACACAACCUCGACUGGCUCCACAAGAGCAGGAGCUGCAGCCCAAGUCUUUCCCCAAGCCGAUCUACUCAUACAGCUGUUUGAUUGCCAUGGCUCUGAAAAACAGCAAAACUGGCAGCCUCCCCGUCAGUGAGAUUUAUAGCUUUAUGAAGGAACAUUUUCCUUAUUUUAAGACAGCACCUGAUGGAUGGAAGAACUCCGUGAGACACAACCUGUCCUUAAACAAGUGCUUUGAGAAGGUGGAGAACAAGACGAGCAGUUCCUCCCGUAAGGGCUGUCUGUGGGCGCUGAACCCUGCCAAAAUUGACAAGAUGGAGGAAGAGAUGCAGAAGUGGAAACGCAAGGACCUGCCAGCCAUUCGCCGCAGCAUGGCUAACCCUGAUGAGCUGGACAAACUGAUCACCGACCGCCCAGAGAACUGCAGACGCAAGGUUUUAGAACCCGGCAUGACCCGGCUGCCCAGCUGUCAGACGGGCCUCCCCCUGCCCAUCCCCACGCAGAUGCAGCCUCAGCCUAUAGUCACGCUGUCCCUCCCGUGUUUACCCAUGCACCAGCACCACCAGUUCCAGGCCCAGCUUCAGGCACAGGCUCGACUGGCCCCCAUGUCCCCUGCCCCGGCACAGACGCCCCCGCUCCACGCAGUCCCCGACCUUUGCCACAGUCCACUCACUCAGCAGCCCAGCAAAGCCCCUGAUGACUUCUACAGCCUGCACAGUGAGACGCACACAGAGGUGGACGCACUGGACCCCAGCAUCAUGGACUUUGCCUUCCAAGGUAAUCUGUGGGAAGAAAUGAAGGACGACAGCUUUAACUUGGACGCCUUGGGCGCCAUCACUAACUCACCCCUCCGACUAUCAGACUGUGACUUGGGGACAGCCGGCCUUCCUCCCGUCUCCUCUGGAGUGAACCUGCCGCUGUCAGACGUGCAGGUGACCGGCCUCUACACGUCCUACACCUCACAGGACGUCCUGUCCUCUCAGUGCAUGGGCACGUCGGCCAACAACAAGCCCAUCGUACUGCUUUAAAGCAGCCAACCUGUCUCUGACAAAGAGUCGGUGUGAUUUACUCAUCUGUCAGUGUGUGUGUGUGUGUGGAUACCGACUGCAGACAUCGCAAGUCUGGCUUCUGCUGCGCUCCUGAAGCUGCAGAUCCCACUGCUUUCCUACAUUCACAUGGGAAUUGUCCGCAGAUCAUUUCAGACACACACCCCCCACCUCAAGAAAACUCAGAGAACUGACCCUACUGAUAAAUUAAGAUGUGGCUGUAAGAAAGAAGUAUGUAAAGACUUGAAUAUCUAGCUUUGCCAAGCAAAGACUCAAAGCCUGUAUGAGCGUGUGAGGAUUCCCACGUGGAGAUGUAUGCGGAAGUUUGCAUCUACCAGUUUUCCUACUCUUCACUGUGCGUUUUUUAAAAGUCCUCACACGCUGUAGCUCCCCCAUCUCCUGUCUGUUGUUUUGUGCUAGACAUUAUUACUGUGAUGUUUUAUUUAUAUUUAUAAAAAGGCAGCUGGAGAGGGCGGCGACUCUUGUCAGUCUUUUGCUGUACAUAUUUGAAUGUUUUCAAAUUGCUAUUGCCUCAGAAAAGCUUUUCUUUUUGACUGUAUUUACCCGCUCCCUUCCAAAAGGCAAACAUGUUCCAACACUUUGAGUAAUCCAGAUCUUUUACACAUUAUUCUUUUACACACUGUGAUUAACAUGUCUGAAAGUUAGGUGUAUAUUAUGUUCAUUAACGUGACCAUAAUAAAAAUCAAAAGGGUAAAUAAAAAAA